UCUCCGCCAUCUUCGUUUUGGCUUCUGCCACCGCCGCCAUGGCCGCCAACUCCACUCCUGCUCUGUUCGCCCGUCAGUCAACUGGUACCGUCUGCUCAAACGGAGAGUCUGUCUGCGGUUCUGGAUGCUACGACCCCACUGCCUACCAGUGCUGUGGUCAGGAGGGUCAAGUUUGCCCUACUGGCACCUACUGCGCCAGCGCAAGCCGCUGCUGCGCCAAUGGUGCCAACUGCGAUGGUCAGGGCACCUCGACUGCUAGUGGUGUCUCUGCCACCGUCUCCGGAUCCACCAUCCUUGGAAGCUGUAAGUCUAUGCAUUUUUCGUGAUCACCUUCCCUGGACUCGUAGUGACGAGCCGUUCCUUGUAGCAGCAUCAUCCGCAGCCGCAUCCUCUGCUUCCCAGUCUUCUCUUUCGCAGUCAUCUGCUUCAGAGACUUCUGCGUCGCAAUCUUCCUCUGCUUCUUCCUCUCUUUCUUCCAUUUCUUCAUCAAUCUCUUCUUCUGCAUCUUCUGCCGCUGCUUCUUCAGCUUCUUCUGUUUCAUCGAGUCUGACAUCGAGCGCCGCAGCCGCCUCUUCUGCCGCCAGCAGUGCUAGCUCCAGCAUGUCUUCGGCCGCUUCAUCUGCUUCUUCCUCGGGAUCCAAGGCCGCUUCUUCCAUGAGCAGCUCUGUUUCUUCUGCUGCAUCAUCCGCAUCCAAGUCUGCCUCAUCUGCUUCCAAGUCUGCUUCAUCUGCUGCUUCGUCCGCCUCCAACUCGGCAGCAGCAACCUCUUCCGGCGCCGCCGUCGCUGGUCAGGCCACCAACUUUGGUCUUGCCCUUCUUGGUCUUGCUGCCCUUAUC